AUGGCAGACUUGGAAAUCACAGAGGCGUCCAUCAAGGAUGCGCUCACUGAGAGGCUAAAGGCAAUACAUGCCGAAGUUACGGACAUGUCAGGCGGUUGCGGACAAGCAUUCACCGUUCUGAUUGUAUCGCCCGAAUUCGCUGGCAAGAACUCGCUUAAGCGGCAUAGGCUGGUAAACGCGGCCAUGAAGGACGAGAUAGCGCGCAUCCACGCAUGGACAGCAAAAUGCCAAACCCCCGAGGAGUGGGAGCGUGAUAAGGCUUCGGCAACGGGUGCAGAUGGUCCGUCCAUGGAUGGCACCGUUGGUGGUCACGUGGAUGGCGUCAAAGGGUGA